AUGACAUGUGAACCAAUUUUCCGACUGCUCAAGAAUGAAGUUCCCACGGUAUGGAAAGAACAAUGCCAAGAAGCUUUUGAGAAGAUUAAGAAUUAUCUAAUGAAGCCACCAAUACUGGUUCCACCGGUACCUAAAAAGCCAUUAUUGUUGUAUCUCACAACUACGUAUACAACAAUGGGGGCUUUGCUUGCUCAAUACCUAGAAGAGUCUAGGAAGGAGAAUGCGAUUUACUACAUCAGCAAGAAGAUGUUGUCUUAUGAAGAAAAGUAUUCACCACGUAAGAAGACAUGUGUAGCACUUGUAUGGGCAACCCGCAAACUCAGGCAUUAUAUGCUUGCUUUCAAUGUCUUGUUGAUUGGGACAGCGAUUGCUAAUCACUUAGCCCACUAUUCACCUAAAGAAGCUGAAGAAAUCCAAGGAGACUUUCUAGAUAAGGAUAUUAUGGAGAUUGAGGCAGAAUCAUGGAAGAUGUAUUUUGACGGAACUAAUCAAAAUGGAAGUGGCAUUGGAGUUCUCCUAAUUUCUCCAAAAGGGACACAAAUCCCACUCUUUGGUAGGCUCAACUUCCCUGCCACUAAUAAUGCCAAUGAAUAUAAAGCUUGUAUUAUAGGGUUACGAGUAGCCCUGGGUCUUGGAGUAAAAGAGUUGGAAGUAUAUGGUGAUUUAGCUUUGAUAAUUUCUCAGAUUCAAAAUAGAUGGAAGAUCAAGGAAGAAAGGUUAAUGCCUUAUCAUGAAUGUCUUCAGAAGUGGGCCUUGAAGUUUAGCAAGAUCCAGUACCAAUAUGUGCCAAGGAUGCAGAAUCAGAUUGCAAAUGCUUUAGCAACAAUGGCAUCCAUGAUGGAUGGACCCAAGGAAGAUGAAACAAGACCAAUAGUGGUGGAACAAAAAGAGGAACCAACUUAUUACAUGACAAUAGAGGAGGAUGAGGAAAAGAAUGGGAAAGGUGAAUGGUAUUCUGACAUCCUACAGUACCUCAAGGAUGGGACAUACCCACCGUCUGAAGAUAAAAAUGACCAAUUGACCAUCAGAAGGCUAUCCACUAAUUAUAUUAUUUGGUGGGAGAGGCUUUACAGAAGAUCAUACGAUGGAAUUCAUCUCCUUUGUGUGACCACUAAGGAAGCACAACAAAUAAUUGUAGAAGUUCAUGAGUCAAGCUAUAAGCCACAUAUGAAUGCACACAUGUUGACACAAAAGAUAAUGAGGCAAGGGUAUUACUAG